CUUCCGCGUUCUCUUUCUUACACAACAAAGAUGGCUGCGCCCUGUAGGAAACUGAUGAGGUCGACUUUGCAAGGUUUGUAUCAGCUAUCAAAUAGGACCUUGUGGAUAGGAACACACACUGAGCAGAUAGUUGCCCUUCCCAGACUGCAGGAGAAUGUUUUGCACAGUAGAGCUCUACACUGUGGACAUUAUGCCUUACAAACCAUCACCAAGAUGGAAUCUCCAAAAGUUCUGAAACCACAGAAAGGAGCUGAACCUGAAAAUAAGACCAACCAACAAAAGAAAGAAGAAGAAGAAGAGGAGGAGGAGGAUGAAGAUAACAGCCCUGAGUACAUCCCCAAAAGACAAGCCAAAAAUCCAAUGAUGAAGAUUGGAUACGCAUGGAUGAUUGGCUUGCCUACUGGAAUCAUCGGCUUUAUUCUGGCAAAGAGACAGGUGGACAAGAACCGACUGAAGCAACUGAAAAUCAGACAGCGAAUGAAGAAUUCUAAUGAGGGCGAUUACGAGAGUAACCGAUAUAAACCAGCCCCCAGGAUCCAGUGAAAGCUCUACUUCUGUGAAAUGACUCUAUUGUACUAAAGAAUGGCUUCAUUAAACACUAAUCAUCAGGUUGCCAUGGAGACCAUGCAGUAUAUAACAAAGACAUUGUAGAAAGCAAUCAUUUAUUAUGGUGGACCUUUCGAUCUUAUAAACAAGGAUUUGAUGAAGACUUUGCAUUUAGGUUUGUAAUAUAUAUAUAUAUAUAGCAAACAUGCUUGAUCAUAAACAUACAGAAUACAACCAAUAUUAUCAAUAAAAAAACAAUGAAAUAACUGAAUAAUAUUCGUUUUCCUUUUAAUGAUGUCGAUCCUUACAAUAAUGACUAUAAAACUUCAGUCACAUUGUUCUGAGAACAUUGUAACAAAAAUACACGUUUACAUGACAUCAUUCUAAUAUAACAAAUGUAUUUAGAUGUAGUUAAGACUUUUUAUAACAACUUAUUUACAGUGAAUUUUGGUGCUGAACAAAAAUGGAAAAGGCACCAAUGUACAUCACAAUCUGUGACAUUUAAGUGUAGUAACAGAUUCAAAGGCACUUCCCAAAACUAAAGCAAAGAAAUAUUUUAAGAAAUAGUUUUUUAUUCUUUAUAAAAUGUCAAAUAAAUACUCUAAAUUACUAAUCUGAAAUACAGUUAGAUUGUAUGUACAAAGCAGAAAACUUA